UAAAACCCAAAACCCUCGCCGCUGAAGCGGAUGCUCCGUCAAACAUGCCAAAGUACAAGAAUCUGUUGCUAACAUCGAAGCGUCGUAAAUCCAAAUCCAAAAAGCGAAAGCUCAUUCAGCGUGAAACACUAAACCAGGGAAUAGAAGAAGAUGAAGAUGAAGGAGGGUUUAAGCUCAAAAUUGCAGCUCCUUCGCAAGAGCAUGGUGUUCAACCUCUCGGAAACCUGUAUUUUAAUCCUGGUUCGGUCAAUGUGCGAAACACUGGAUUAGGUAAUCUCCAGAUACUCACUGAUGAGCUCGUUUUGGAUAUUCUAGGUCUUCUCGGGGCGACUCAUUUGGGUAUUUUGGCUACUGUAACCAAAUCUUUCUAUAUUUUUGCCAAUCAUGAGCCUCUCUGGAGGAAUCUCGUGUUAGAACAGCUAAAAGGAGAGUUUUUGUUUAAUGGGUCGUGGAAAUCUACCUAUGUAGCUGCUUACCACCCGAAAUUCCAGUUGUCUGGAGAUGGUGAAUCAAAUUUGAAGAUUAUAGAUUUCUAUUCUGAUUAUCUAUUUCAGAGCUGGUUGUGUGCGAAUCUCGAAAUGAAACCAAAAUGGCUUAGAAGAGAUAAUAUCACCCGGGUGAGAGGCCUUUCUGUUGAAGAUUUCAUUACGAAGUUUGAGGAGCCGAAUAAGCCGGUUUUGUUGGAGGGAUGUUUGGAUAAUUGGCCUGCCAUUGAGAAAUGGUCCAGAGAUUAUCUGACUACGGUGGUUGGGGAUGUUGAGUUCGCGGUUGGUCCAGUUGAAAUGAAGCUAGAGAACUAUUUUAGGUAUUCUGAUAGAACUAGGGAAGAAAGACCACUGUACUUGUUUGAUCCAAAGUUUGCAGAGAAAGUUCCGGUUUUGGAUUCGGAGUAUGAUGUUCCUGUUUAUUUCAGAGAGGACUUGUUUGGUGUUCUAGGAAACGAGCGACCUGAUUAUAGAUGGAUCAUAAUUGGCCCGGCCGGAUCAGGAUCGUCUUUCCACAUUGAUCCUAACUCAACAUCUGCUUGGAAUGCAGUGAUUACAGGGUCGAAAAAAUGGGUUCUGUUCCCACCAGAUGUGGUUCCUCCCGGUGUGCAUCCAAGUCCCGAUGGAGCAGAAGUAGCCUGUCCUGUUUCUAUAAUAGAGUGGUUCAUGAACUUUUAUGAUGAUACUAAGAAUUGGGAAAAGAAACCUAUUGAGUGUAUAUGCAAAGCUGGGGAGGUGAUGUUUGUACCUAAUGGAUGGUGGCAUCUGGUGAUUAACUUGGAGGAGUCGAUCGCUAUUACUCAGAAUUAUGUUAGCAGGAGGAAUUUAUUGAAUGUGUUGGAAUUUCUGAAGAAACCAAAUGCUAAAGAGCUCGUCUCCGGAACAACUGACAGAGAGAAUUUGCAUGAUAAAUUUAAGACGGCCAUUGAAGGAGCUUACCCCGGAACUAUCCAAAAGUUAGAGAAGAAAGCAGAAGAAGCGAAAAGAGCCGAAGAACAAAGAGUUUCUUUCUGGGACUCUGCCAAAGCUGAUGCUUUCAAGUUCUCUUUCUAAAGACAAAUACUUCAUCUUCAAAUUUCAGUUUUGUACCAUCUUCCAGAUCCUUUAACAAAUGCAGAUCGAGGAAAUUGUUACCCUUAUUAGACUUAAAAUUGUUUGUUUAUGCUC